CGAACUGUAGAGAGAGAGAGAGACCACGAAGAGCUCAGUGGCCAAACAAACCCCAUUUCCCCCCUUUUCAUCUCAUCAGCAAGACAUCCUUUCAUUUCAAUGCAUAACCAUUUUACAUAAUCUCCAUGGAAACUGAUGGACGACAAGCGGAGGACAAAGAAGAAGAAGCCAGUGCAGCCGGAGCUUGGUUUCUCCGAGUUUUUUUGUUGACAAAAAGGUAAACAACCUCCCACUGUUUUUUCUUCCUACACGAUCACAAAUAUCACAUGGACAGUAUAGUUUUUGGUUUGCAUGAUGAGACACAAUUUCCUGGGGUUUGGAAGAGAAAAAACGGUAAGUAUGCCGCUGUAAUUAGAGACCCAAUUAAGAAAAAACGAGUUUGGUUGGGUUCAUUUAGCGUUGCUCUCAAUGUGAGUUUGAGAAACUAAACCAGGGAAAACAAGGUGGCGAAUCAAAGAAUUGUGAACAAUUUCAGCCUGAUUCAUCUGGUGCAGAAUUAUCUCCUCUGGCUAAUGAUCAAUCCGUAAAUACUGCUGAUUCAAGUAGAAAUGCAAGAAGCAAUUCUCCCGAAAUAAUAUCUACUGGGGUUCGAAAUAGAAGAAAUGGUAAGUAUGCUGGUGUAAUUAGAGAUCCGAUUAAGAAAAAAGGGGCUUGGUUGGGCACCUUUAGCACUGUUCAAGAGGCUUCCAAGGCUUAUUUCUCCAAGAAAUGUGAGUUUGAGAAUUUAAACCAGGGAAAACAAGGCGGUGAAUCAAAAAGUUUUGAACAACUUCAGCCUGAUUCAUCUGGUGGAGAAUUAACUCCUGUGGCUUAUGAUCAAGCCUUAAACACUGCUGGAGUAAGUAGAAAUGCAAGAAGCAAUUCUUCCGAAACCAUGUUUACUGGGGUUCGAAAAAGAAAAAACCGUAAGUACGCUGCUGUAAUUAGAGACCUGAUUAAGAAAAAACGGGUUUGGUUGGGCACCUUUAGCAGUGCUCAAGAGGCUUCCAAGGCUUAUUUCUCCAAGAAAUGUGGGUUUGAGAAAUUAAACCAGGGAAAACAAGGUGGCGAAUCAAAGAAUUGUGAACAACUUCAGCCUGAUUCAUCUGGUGGAGAAUUAUCUCCUCUGGCUAAUGAUCAGUCCUUAAAUACUGCUGGUGUAAGUAGAAGUGGAAGAAGCAAUUCUCCCGAAACAACACACUUCAUUGGGGUUCGCAAGAGAAAUUCAGGGAAUUAUACUUCUGAGAUUAGAAACCCCAUUAGUAAGAGAAAAUUUUGGUUAGGGACUUAUGGUACUGCUGAAGAGGCUUCCCAGGCUUAUCAAUCUAAGAAGCUCGAGUUUCAGAAACAACUCAAGGCAAAGCAGCAAUGCAGUAAGCUAACGUCUAGUGCAAGGGAGAAGCAGGAUGGAAAAAAGAAAUUAGUCAAUGUCAAGCUAGGACAUGAAGCUGUAAAUCGUGAAGGAUUGCAGCCUGAAUCAGCUGGUGGAUCCUCGUCCUCAGAAAUUGAUGUUCCAAUAUCAAAUUCGUUGGAUGGAGGAAGUGACCAGGGGAUUGAUUUUCAUGAAAUAAUCCACUCCAUGAGGUUUCGAAAGGGAAAAUCAGGAAAAUAUACGACCGAAAUUACAAGCCCCAUUAGUAUGACAAAUAAUUUGUUGGCGACUCUAGGCCCUACUGAAGAAGCUUUCCAUGCUAAUCCGUCUAAGAAAUUGGAUUUUCAGAGCUCAGAAAAAGUCGAGCUGCAAAGCCAUAUGCCAACUGAUUCUACUGCAGGGGAGAAGCAUGCAGGUCAAGAGGAUGAAGAUUUGUGGAUGGGGCAGUGGGUCCAACUUCCAGGUGAUAGGACUGUCAAAUUGUCACUACGACUGGGCUUACCAAUCAUUGAUAACUAUGGAUCUCUUUUAGAUCUCAGAAAAGGUUGAGCUGCAAAGCAAUAUGCCAACUGAUUCUACUGCAGGGGAGAAGCGUGUAGGUCAAGAGGAUGAAGAUUUGUGGAUGGGGCAAUGGGUCCAACUUCAGGUGAUAGGGCAAUCAAAUUUUCACUCCAACUACGCUUACCAAUCAUUGAUAACUAUGGAUCUCUUUUAGAUCUUGGUAAUGUUUUGAACUUAGCAUAACAGAGAGGUUUGGUGAAGAGAAGGAAUUGGGAGAACAAGGGUAGGGUUACUGAAUUGAAGGAGCUCUUUUGGGAAGACAUAUAAUAGGCAGAUUAACUUGAGGGACCAUUUGGUUAUAAAUCAUGGAACAAGCAGUUCGAGUAACAAUCCUUCAAAACCGUGCGUUUUCAACUCAAUCGAUACAACCAUAGAAGAAGUCAGCAUCAUUGAAGGGGCAACUGGAAUCAAUCCACCACUUGAAGAUGAUUUAAAAGUUAAGAAAUAUGAAAGUUGUGCAGAUAUUAUAUCAUAAAUUGAUGAGAUAACUUAUGAGUUUUCUGGGUAUUCUAAUAUCGUCAAUGCUUUGAGGCCUUCUUUGAAGCUGAAAGAGUACGACUUGUCAUGAGAAAGCUCGCCGAAUACCAAUCUCACAUUCGUGCUCUGCAAAAGGAGAAGGCAUGCAUGGAUUUGACUUGAGUUUAACAUGAAACAACCUGUCACUUUUAACCAUUAUAAAAUGUUGUGCUUUUGAUUAGUUGUUGAGUAUAUUUAUUAUAGCAAAUCAACAAAUACUUGCUCCGUUUCAAAAGAAUGAACAUAUUUCCUUUUUAGUCCGUUUAGAAAGAAUGACAACUUUAUAAAUUUGGAAAUAAUGUAACUUUAAACUUUCCCUUAAUGAGAUGAUCUAUAGCCACACAAGUAUCUUUGGACUGUUUUAGACCACAAGUUUCAAAAGUCUUAUAUUCUUUCUUAAACUCAGUACCCACUCAAAUAGGUUCAUUCUUUUUGAAACGGAGGGAGUAAGUAAUUUUUCUGCCUGCCGUCUGAGCGGAUCCAAAAAGUUUUGGACGGCGUAAAUGAGGCGCACUCUGUGUGCGGUGUGCUAAAGCUGAUCCAAGCUUGAUCGAAAUAAGCCUCGGACAGUCUGCUAGCAUCAGUGACAGGCUGACAGAACAUUGGAAAGUCUAGUCCAGCCCAUCGUCAGGCUGAAGACAGAAAGAAAAUUUCGAUAUCAGAAGCUAUAAGAUGUUGCUGGAAUGCUGUUUGAGCUGUAACCUAGAUGGAUAAAACCAGAGAAGAGAAGAGCAAGUUCUCAUGGAUCACUUCUGUUCUUGGUUUUCGGAUUAUAGAACCAGGUGCUCUUGCAUAGGAGGUUAUUCAACAGGUUUGUGAGCAUUUGGCUAUCGUUGUAAUUUCUUUUUCUGGUUGUCUUGUCUACUGUCUUUAUGUUCAUUGUUAUUGCUCGUGACUGAGUCAAUGGCAACAAUAAGGUGAAUUAUUAAGUACAGUUGCAUAGAGUCGCCACUCCUCAUAAUGUAAUUCCAACGAAACAAGUGAGGCAAAGAGUGAUUCUACUAGUGUGUUGGAGUUGGACAGAUUUCACAAAAUUGCAAUCACUAGUGUGUUGGAGU